AUGAUUUUAUCGACUGAAGCAGGAAUUACAAAUAUCAAAAAAUACUCUAGUUUGAAUACAGAGGAGAGAGACAGAAUGUAGAAGGGAGGAAACGAAAAAUUUAAGUUGAAUGUUACUAAUGUUAACGAUAAAUUUCAUUCUCAUAGAGCAUUACAAUAUCGAUUUGAAGUAUCUAUUGAACUAUAAUAGUUAGCGUUGGGCUUGAGUGAAUAUGAUUCAGACAUGAGUACAAAUUAUGCUAGUCCAAAUAAAUCGUUAAUCUAUUAUCCUGAGCAAAAAAAAAAAUUAACUUAGGCCUUGGAAUUAGAGGGAAUGCAAUAGGAUGUUGAGUGGUUACAAAUACAGUAUUAGAUUUUGACAAGGGAUUUAAAGAAAAAAAUUGAUAGGAACUUUUAUUUGUCCAAAUUGGAGGAGAUAGGUAAGAAAUUUGUCGAAAAACAAUAAUAGAAAUAAGUUCAACAGAAAUAAAUUCAUAAUCAAAAUGAUGUUUUUUAAUCUUUUUCAGCAUUAAUGAAAAAAUAGAAUUGA